AUUAGCACCGCUGCUAAUACCAUUCCGUUAGAAAUAGGAACGUUGGAAGUUUCCCACUCACAAAUAGUUAUUGUUUGCUGUAAUAAAUUACGGAAUUAGUUAUUAAAAUGACUGAAUGUUCUUCUGACGAACCAAGUUCUACCAGAAAGGAUUUCAUCUGCGGGGUUGUUGAAGGCUUUUACGGACGACCAUGGACCACAGAACAAAGGAAAGAUCUAUUUCAGAAAUUGAAAAAAUGGGGCAUGGACAUGUAUGUCUAUGCUCCGAAAGAUGAUUAUAAACACCGAGCUUACUGGAGGGAACUGUACACCGUGGAAGAGGCUGAGCAUUUGACAUCUCUCAUCUCCGCUGCCAAGUCAAAGGGCAUUAUAUUCUGUUAUGCAUUGUCACCAGGCCUGGAUAUAACAUACAGCAGCCAGAAGGAGAUUACCACUUUGAAGAGAAAACUGGAACAGGUGUCACAGUUUGGCUGCACAUGUUUUGCUCUGCUAUUCGAUGAUAUUGAACCAGAGAUGAGUGAAGCUGACAAACAGAUAUUCCAGAGCUUUGCCCAUGCACAAGUGUCAGUGACCAAUGAGAUCCACCAGCACCUCGGCUGUCCGAGGUUCCUACUGUGUCCGACCCAGUACUGCUCGACGCGUGCCGUGCCCACUGUCAACAGCUCAGAGUACCUCAACACCCUCGGCACCAAGCUGUCACAACAGAUUGACAUCAUGUGGACAGGUCCAAAAGUCAUAUCCAAAACCCUGACUACGGAAUGUAUAGAGGAGAUAACACAAGUACUGAGGCGACCGCCGGUCAUCUGGGACAACCUCCACGCCAACGAUUACGACCAGAAAAGGAUCUUUUUGGGUCCAUACUGUGGCCGGUCGCCGGAACUGAUCCCGCUACUCCGCGGCGUGCUGACGAACCCCAACUGCGAGUACAACGCGAACAUGAUCCCAAUAUGGACGCUCGCGCACUGGGCCAGCUGCAGCUUGGAUGCGCCCGCGCACAUGGAAGCUGUAUCGUGGGACAUAAAGUUAGAGCGUGAGAGUGAGCAGGGUGUCUGCGAUGACGAGGCACCCUUGACGCUCGGCAAACAUGUCUACCAUCAUCGACAGGCUCUAAGGCAUGCUAUUAACGAAUGGUUACCAGAAUUUUCGAUACCGAAGACUGCUCAAGGGCCUAUUAUAAAAGCGCAGCCUUCUGUUCCCGCGCCUCCGGUGCCGAUAAUCCCGAUCAUGCCGUCCGUGAACACGUGCAUGUCGCUGAUGACGGGCACGAGCAACACGUGCACCACCAGUACCGCCGACAUGUCGCCCGCCAUCCCCACCGUGCACACCAGCCAGCUGCAGGCGCUCGCAGACGUCUGCAGCGCCACGCCAGACCGGCCCAUACUCUCCACGGGGAUAUCUCCCAUAGAAACUUUCAAUCCGGUAUCAAAUCCUGUAAUGAACUCAUUGGUAUCACCAACCAAAGUGAUACUAAAUGAAUCAAUACCCAACCCAAUUAUACCGAUGGCGAGUUCAAAUAUAUCUCUUCCAUCUGAAAUACCGGUUUCGACACUACCAGUACCAAUACUCGGUAUUAAGGUAUUAGAUGACAAUAUUGAGAAAGUGGAUCAAUCAAUGAAUGAGAAAAUUGACGAAUCUUUAUCCAAUGAUUCUGUGUUGGAGAGUGCGAGCUUUCUAGAGGAUAUGAAGAAGGAUAAAGAAGAGGAUACGAUUAUUGUGGAUGACGUAGAAGGAGGAUCUAUUGAGGAGCAACAGAGAAAUGGGGAUAUGAGUAUUGGUGAUACACCGCAAACAUUAAGCCCGAACCGUCCGACGGCGACGGAGGCCGGCCUCGAGCCGCUGGACGUGGACCCGCCGUCGGCCGCCACCACCGACCCCGAUGUCAUCAUGAACGACGGCACCAGCGAGAAUGGUUCUAUGCAGGUGGAACCCAGUAACAGUCCACUUAGUACAGAUAUGAUGGUUGAAACUACCGAACCUUUGGACGGGGCUGAAGAGUAAGGCGGUGAGGGUGGCGACAGUGGUGACAGCUCCCACUUGCUGUGCGCGGAGGACCUGGUGUUGCUGUGCGACCUGCUGUACCUGCCGUUCGAGCACGGAUCGCGCGGGCUGCGGCUUCUGCAUGACUUCCACUGGCUUGCUUGCCAUGCUGCCAGCGUUCUGCCUCGCCCUGAUAAGCCCCAAGAGACGAGCGAGUGGAUGCGGCGACGGGCGCGGUUCGCGUGGUGGACGAGACGAACGCGGCGGCUGGCCCGCCGCCUGGCAGCCGCCGCCAACGGCGAGCUCACCGCCGAGCUGCAGCCCUACGUCUGGGAGCUGUGCGCCGUACUCGCGCUGCUCGACGGCUUCGUGCGCUGGCUCGAAUUGGGCAAAUUUCCUCCAAAUAUUGCUUCGUACACACAAGGAACUUACACAUGGUUCUCGAAGGGGUGGCGCGAGGCAUUCGAGAGCGGCGCGCAGGAGCCUUGGGUGUUCCGCGGCGGGCUGGCGGCCGACCUGCGCCGCCUGCUGCCCGUGGAGGGCGCCGCGCCCGACCCGCCGCGCGCCCCCGCCGCGCUGCCGCUGCCCCUGCGGCCCUACGCCGCCCGCGACGAACGCGCGGUAUGCGCCAUUUGUCACAAGACAUGUCGUGACGGCUCCGACUGCAGUGACCUAUUCCCUAGCGAUUUACAAACAUUACCUGCUGAUAGAUUAGUAGUUCCGUUCCUUACGUUAACUCCUGAGUUAUGUAUGGUGAUCGAAGACGACCAGGAAUGCCUAUUGAGAGAUUGCGACAACGCUGAUGGCGAAACGAGCGACUGCGGCGUCAAACAUGAAAAUAGAAUUAAUGGAACGAAACCAGAGAUAAUUGGUUACGCAUGCGCAGCUUUGAAUAGUAAAGACUUUUACAAAAAGCAGGAGAUCGCAUGGAUACCAGAGAUGUGCAACAAAUAUCCAGAGUCGCUGAUGGAGAGAGAGGAUCUCAGUCAAGCAGCCAAGGACUGCAUCUGGCACUUCCACCAGUUCUCGCGGCUGGAGCGCGCGCCGGAGAGCGUGACGAGGGCGCACCCCGCGCUGCUCACGUGCUGCGUGCUGCCGCCCCCCGCCUGCCGCGACCCCCUCGCGCCCGCCCGCCUGCUCACCUGCCUGCUGGCCGCGCUGCGGGCACACGGUGCGAGCGGCGUGCACGCGUGUAUUAACGCGACGGACCACUACCUGCACCAGUUCUACAGCAAGCUGGGCUUCGUGGAGGUGCACCGCGGCGGCGCGGGCCGCGUGUACCUCGCGCGCUCCUUCUAG